UACUCUCUUAUGCGAUAUAGAUUCAUCAAUCCGUCAGAAAAUAAAAGCGUCGCUUUCUUCGCUCUUGGAGAGGGUUGGCAUAAUUACCAUCACGUGUUUCCCUGGGAUUACAAGACAGCCGAGUUCGGCAAGUACAGUCUCAACUUUACCACGGCCUUCAUCGACUUCUUCGCGAAAAUCGGUUGGGCUUACGAUUUGAAGAGUGUGUCUGAGGAUAUGGUGAAGAAACGGGUAGAGAGAACGGGCGAUGGCAGCCACGAAUUAUGGGGUUGGGGUGACAAAGAUCAGACGCAAGAAGAGAAGGACGAGGCGAUAGUUACGCAUCAUCACAUGAAGGAGCAAUAAAAAUG